CGUCACAGAUCCUGACAGGGAAGAAGUAGGCAGGUCCUGGCAGGGGGGAGCUGUGGCGGCGGUAUCUCGCCAGCUCCAGCCGGAUGGAGUCUCGAGUCGCGGACGCAGGGGCCGGCCAGGCUGAGCGCGCAGCGGGCGAGGGCCGGACAAGCAGCAGCGCCGCUCAGGGACCCGCAAUCUCGGCGCCCUUGGGUGCUGCCCGGUGGAAGCUCCUGCGGCAGGUUCUGAAACAAAAACACCUGGAUGAUUGUCUACGACAUGUAUCUGUAAGAAGAUUUGAAUCAUUUAAUCUGUUCUCAGUAACAGAAGCCCAAAAAAGGGAAACUGAAGAGGAAGUUGGUGCCUGGGUUCAAUAUACAAGCAUCUUGUAUCCUGAAUACAGUAUUUUCUUAAGGCAUAAUAGUGGAUCUUUGAAUGUUGAAGAUGUUCUUACCAGCUUUGACAAUACAGGAAAUAUUUGCAUCUGGCCGGCUGAAGAGGUUUUGGCUUACUACUGCCUCAAGCACAGUGACGUAUUCAGGGACCUUGCUGUGUGUGAGCUAGGGGGUGGCAUGACAUGCUUGGCUGGGCUCAUGGUUGCUAUUUCUGCAGAUGUCAAAGAAGUUCUGUUAACUGAUGGGAAUGAAAAGGCCAUCAGAAAUGUGAGAGACAUCAUCACAAGGAAUCAGACGGCUGGUGUGUUUAAGACUGGGAACAUAUCAAGCUGCGUUUUACGAUGGGAUAAUGAGACAGAUGUCUCUCAACUGGAAGGACAUUUUGACAUUGUUAUGUGUGCUGACUGCCUGUUUCUGGACCAGUACAGAGCCAGCCUUGUUGAUGCAAUAAAGAGAUUACUCCAGCCCAGGGGGAAAGCAAUGGUAUUCGCCCCACGCCGAGGGAAUACUUUAAACCAGUUUUGCAAUCUAGCUGAAAAAGCUGGUUUCUCUAUCCAAAGACAUGAAAAUUAUGAUGAACACAUUUCAAACUUCCACUCCAAGUUGAAAAACGAAAACCAGGAUAUAUAUGAAGAAAACCUUCAUUACCCACUUCUGCUUAUUUUAACCAAAGAUGAAUAGAAGAUUAAGCUGCUCGAAAGACAAAGAAAACAUCCAGUGCACAGGCAGGAUUUUCACAAAAACAGAAAUCUGUAACGGGUAUAAUAUGCAGUAAGCCGUUGGCUCCCUGAGAUUUUCAAGCCCCCAGGACAUGGGCCCCAACUGCCUUUGCAACAUUCCAUGUGUGGGUUCCGGGGUCCACCUGUCCUCACCCACGUUGACUCCCCAGCCAUCCUGCUUGUUGCUCUUCCUGCACCAAACUUUUUUUUUCUUUUUUUUUUCUUUUUCUUUUUGGCGGUACACGGGCCUCUCACUGUUGUGGCCUCUCCCGUUGUGGAGCACAGGCUCCGGACGCGCAGGCUCAGCGGCCAUGGCUCACGGGCCCAGCCGCUCCGCGGCAUGUGGGAUCUUCCCGGACCGGGGCACGAACCCGUGUCCCCUACGUUGGCAGGCGGACUCUCAACCACUGCGCCACCAGGGAAGCCCUGCACCAAACUUUUGUCUUUAACUAGGUAUAAGCGGCCUAUGUGAGAUUUGAAUUGGGCUUGAGAGCCACCCAAAUAUUUUUCCCUCUCAUUGAGACAGAAUUUCUUUUGGUGAUUCCCACCCCACCCCCACCCCCCCCUUUAGAAAAUAUCUUGGUCUUUGUUCUAUUUUAGUGGCGGUCAUUUUUCAUCUGCCAACCCAGCAAACAUGAUGAUUCUUUCCUGGUUAAAAAAAAGAAAGAAAGAAAGCAAAUCUUUCAGAUCACCCUCAAAUUAAUUGUAUUAAAUCUGCCAUCUCUGUUUUGCUGUCUCUCUCUCUCACCCAUUCUCCUUUUUUCUUUUAAACAGGAUGUUUUUUUUCCUAUAGAUGUAUAAGAAAUGACUACAUCAGCCCAAAGCCUCAUAAACUGACCGUUUGUCCUCUGGACACAAUAGCAUGGCCAGCCCUCUGCUCCUCCUCUCCAAUUAUGUGUGAUUAGUCUCAAUGCGUUGUGUCAAGGAGGAGGAGUGUGCUGAGUGCUUAUUAUCUGUUUAGGUACAAGAAGAGCACAUUUAGGCUCUGACUAUGGAUGAAAAGUGAGCCUUUAUCAGGGCUCAAAUCUACUGCUGUUCUCCAGGCCUCUUUCAAAAGAGGUCCUUUCCAGGGAAAUUUUGAAUAAAUGGUUGAUAAAACGAGAUGGCAACCAGGGCGAGUUUUUAAAAACUCAAUCACACAAUUAUCUGAUUGAAAGUAAGUAUAUAUAGUCCUAUGCAGCAAUGCAAGUGUAUGGUAAACAUUUAAUAUGUGCUACCUAGGAUUAAGAGAGAAUGACUUUUCUGCAGGGAAUCCAAGCCUCUCCUUGCCUGGUUCAUCCCGGAGAUGCUCUAAUGCCUUUUGUGGAAAUUCAGAUGUUUAUCUGUAAGGAAUCAUCUGUGUCCACUUUCACAGUAAUGUCAUUAGUAGGUUAGGUAUAUAUCCUCCUAUCUUUAGUAGAGGCAAAGCAUGUAUUUAGCGUGAUACAAUUAAAGUGAUAGGUGGGAGACUGGGGGCGAAUCCUUUUGCAUGUUAAGCAAACUUAGCUGUCAUAAAAACAGCGACUCUCAGAUGUCUUCUCUGCUCACUUCUAUCAUCAAACAAAUUUUUCACCAUCAGUUUGCAUGUUCUUGUAUUCACCACUUUUUCUGCUCCAUUAGAGCACCUAGAUGGAUCUCUGAAGGCAUAGGUCAAGUCGCAGUUAGAUCAUACAUUUCUUUCUCACAAAAACUUGAAUUGCAAUGCCAAGUGAUGGGCUAACAUCACAAUAACAGCAAUUUAUUCCUCUUUGGAUAAAACAGCAGUCUAUUCUCAGUGCUAGAUAAAGACCAGGGCAAUGCAAACCAGCCAUUUAGCUGAGUAGUUCAGCUAGUGGCAGCUCUCCUUUGGCGACUGUAUAGGUUGCACACUGGCUUCCUAUUUUCUUGUUUAAAAAAUCAGAAUUCGGAAUGUUUUAAAAGGCAACACAGGUAGUUCCAUUUAUACUGGUGAAAAUGCAGAGAAAUGAUUUCUUCCUGCAACUAAAUCUGCCAGACAAAGAAAACCCAUCCCUGCAGUAGCAUCUAAGAUCGCCUGUUCUUAUUUUUUCUUGUAAAAUAUAGAGCAUCAGAACCAUGAGAAUAGUUCCAUUUUUUUCUCAUGAAAAUACAUGAGUUGGUGAGAAUUCAGUUUACAUUUGUGUGUUGUGGGUGUAGAAAUCCAGUGUUUAUUUUGCUGGAAGAAAUUGUAUUUUAAAAAGUAAAUUAGUAGUGUGUUUUUUCUUCGUAUCUGAGAAUAGUGUGUACAGUUGCCUAAGCUGGAGACAGGGUAUAAGAAUUGAGCUGUGCUACCAAAAGACAUUGAGUAAAGAAAUAUGUUCAUUGUGACUAAAACCUAGAGAAUCUUUUGUAAAAUGUUAAGGGUUUCAUAGAUUUGCUCUUUAUGGGACCCACCUGGAGAUGUCACUAGUCCAGGCUCUUUGGAAGUUUGUAAGAAACUAAUGUUGUAUAUUAUUGAAUAGUUUAAAAGUGUUUUUAUUUUCUCAAAUUUUGGCAAAGUGCCGAUAUUGAGAGGGGAAAAAAUUAUAGCUGCUUUAGAAAGUUUAUCCACUUACAUUUCUUUUGAACUUUAUGGUUAAGAACUGUUUCUCUGCAUCGGUAUUGGGUUGCAUAAUUGCAAUUGAAAUGCACCAUUUCAUAAUUGUCUGUGUAAUUGUGCCUGUGUUUGUUUCAAAACAAAGCCUGUCUGAAAUCAUAAGAAUUAUUACUGUAUUCCUGUUUCCUGUGUACCUGUAUCUUCUGAGAAAACUCACAAAUCUCUUUUGUCAUACUAAAUAGAUUUGGUUGGGUGUGAGAAUGUUUCUAAUAUCGCCCAUGGUCAGUUCUAAUGCGGUGAUACGAACAGCCGCAUACAAGUUGGUUAUAAGAAAUAUAUUUUAUUUUAUAGCAAGACAUAUGCUGUGAAUUGGGAUAAAAGUGCUAGAAAAGACUACCUAAGAGGUUGAUGCUAUUUUGUGUAAAUUGUGUAUUUUGUUGGCUUUUUGACUGAGCACGAAAAUGUAACUUCCAUUAGGGUAGGGUAAUUUAGGUGCUCUGUAUUCAGCAGAAAACUUGUCGGGCCAUAAAAGCUUUUCUGGCUGGUUCCUCCGGUGUUUUCAGAGAAGAGCUGCCCGCCCCUUGCUGUUUUUCCCUUUGGCUUCAGUAUGGGCUGAAUUUACCACUGCAUACCUGUUGAAUCAAUUUGGGGGAUCUAGCAGUUAACUGAGUGAAUGGAAGGAUUAGUGGCCUUUUGGAGCCCUAUUUCAACAGCCAGGUGUCUUUCCUAAACUAGUUAACUGCUUUUGACAGUUGAAGAACCUGGUUUUAAUACCACAGGCAGGAGAUUGUUGACGUAGCGGGGUUUUUGUGUUUUUUUUUUCUCUCUACUAUCAAAGUGGGGCAUACCUUCUUCUCCUAAGGGUUAGGCUUCUUCUUUUUUAAUAGGAAUGGACUGUCCCCUUCCCUCAACACAGCUUCCAUGGGGCUUUUGUGCUUAGUCAGCAUUUGACUUGUUUCCAGUCUAUGCCAAGCAAUUGGGUGGCAUUGUCCAGCAGUGGACUCGGGGGAGGGGGCAGAAUGCUCACGCAGGGGAGGGAGUCAUGUGUACGUAGAUACACACACAUAGACACACUCACAGGGAAGAUAAGGCUGUUUAGACCCUCAAUCUGCUUCCAGAUUCCAGGUACGCUCCCCACCCCAGAUCAAAGUCUCCUGAGUUGAGACUGUAUGAAAUGUCAAAAUUAGGCUGAGUGUAUCCCAGAGAGGAAAGAUUGAUUUGAAAGUCAGACUGGGUCUCCUUAGACACUGAAUUUAGACAGUGGGCAAAUAUGUUUUCCUGAGUGGACUAUUUCCAAAUUAGGAAGCAGCCCGUUGGUGUUUAACAAACCAUUAAGCCUGAAAUGCCACGUUUAAUUCUCAGAUUUCAUUUUACCCAGAAACCUUACUGCCCAGACUGUGACUAAAUGCUCACUCUGUUCUCUGCCCUGGACGUCUGUUCAUUUGGAGUCUAUCUUUUGCCUUUUUUGUCCCCCUGACUUUUCAAUUAAUACAUUUUUUAAUAGAUAAAACAGAUCAUACUGUGACUUUUAAAAUGUCAACAAGCUUGUAAACAGAAAUGUAAUAAAAUGGCUAAUAGGAGAUUCAAUAGUUAAUAGAGGGCCUGAAGUGUGAGCAAAUACAGUAGCUGUAUAUUGGAAACUGUGCAAGUGAAGAUGGCUUUAGUAUUGCAAACUGAGGAAGAAAAUUGUUUUUAAUUAGCACCUUCAUAAGAACUGCUGAUUAAUACUGUUUUGUUUGGUGAAAAGCUUUCAGCUGAGUAAUUUGUACAGCCAUUACAACAGUUUUGUUAGAGCGGGACUCCUGUUGUUAAACACAAACAGCAGAUGAUAAUGGUGGAAGAUGAGUUUGUCAUGUAACAAUUUACCUUAUUGAAAAAAGCUUUAUAUUAAACCCAAUACAGUCGGUACCAGCAGAAAUCACAUAUUUUACAUCCUCCCAAAAUUGCAGUGUGCCAUGCUUAUAUAUUUUUUUCAGGGACUGGAAGCAGAUUUUAUAUCAUUUAUAAAAUUAUAUACACAAUUUAAAGGUGGUGUAGCAUGGACAGACCACUUUCUCAGCAGCAGCUUACAUCGGAGCGGUAAAGUGGCCGUGUAUUCAAACACUUUCUAACUAUACAAAGCAGGUUGGAAAAUGGAAUCCUAAUUAAAUAAUGUUAGAUGUAAAUUUGCAUUGGGACUGGAUGUAGGGAAAUAAGAAUUAAUGUUUCUGCCUUAGGUGAGUUUAUCACACAUAGGAUCUUUAAAAACAAAAACCUCUUUCGCAAGGAAAGUUUAAUUAACCUUUUCUCUUUUUUUUUUUGGAGGUGUUUUUAACCAACCAAGGAAAA